CGUUCCUGUCCAGGCAUGGUUCCACAUGCAGAAGUAGUGGUGGUGUAACCUUGGCUGAUUAGCGUCUUCGUUUCAAACAGCAACAUGCAGGCUGCUAUGGAUAUAACUGCAAAGUACUGCCGUAAAGAAAUGGAAGCGUAUGGGUUAUGUGUAGCCUCCAAUCCAUCAACAUGGCAGCAGAAGUGUCACGAGCUGAAGAUGAAUGUUGCACAAUGUACAUCAUCACACCCAGUAAUUCAGAAGAUCAGGCAGGAGUGUUCCAAUGAGUUUGUGGAGUUUGAGCGCUGCCUGAGAGAACAUCAGGGACAACCUGCCUCCUGCUCGCCACAUGUGGCUCGCUUUCUGGGCUGUACAGAGACAGUCGACCUCAGUGGAGUGGCUACAAAUCCAGUAUCUCAACCAUCUUAGCACAAGAUGUCCUCCAUUACCAGAAAACACCCGUAUCUACACCACUGCCACCAGGUCUGAGUCAGAGUCAAAUAUUAAACUGGAAUGUAUUGCUCCCACACAAACUAUCCUGGCUACUCAGUGACUGAGCAAUAGGGAGUCUGGGAAGAAAGGAGAGGGCUGUCCAGCUCUAAUCAGUGGGACUACUGAAGGAGACAGAGGGAGGAUGUUGAGUUAUGAACCCUGUGACCACUAAGCAGAACAGACAUUUUCUGGACAAAGAAGCCAAGUGUUGUUCAAAGACGAAACCGCAGAUUGUAUUGAAGAUACGGCAACAUUACAUUCAAAGCACAUCACCUGGCAGUCACUGAUCAAAAAAGUAAGAUAAGAACUCAUCUACUGCACAAAUAAGUUACAUUCACAAUAUUAUCACUUUAAAAACACCAUGAGUCAGUUAUCAGAGUCAAACAUAAUGUCAGGAAGGAAUGUCACAGGCUGUAGCCAAUUACUGGCUUCUAAAUGAAAAGAGUUUCACCCUAAUCCUAUUUUAUUCUGCACCACUUCAUGAUUCUGAUCCUGAUGCCUUCUGCAACACUUGAAUUUGGAGGCUAUUUCUUCAUACCCUACUUGUGGCACAUAAAUAUCAUGCUACAGUUUAAAUAUUUGCUGAUUAUCACAUAAGAAGAUACGAAAUACCUACCUAAUGUGACUUUCUGAGAAGGAAAUUAUUACAGAUUGUGACUACAACAGUUAAUUAUAACACAGUCAUACACACAUUUACAUUUGGAGUACCUUCAUGUACCCAGUAUCCUUCAUUUGGGGAAUUAUAUACCAAAGAGUUGAAAUUUACUGCACUGUUUUUGAGUGAUCACAUUAUAAAAGAGAAAGGAAAACUAAAACAAUAACCACUUAAACAACCCUGUUUCCGCAUAAGGCUCCUCAAAUGACCCUGUAGAGUUUAUAGCUAAAUGCUAAAGAAAAACUUUUUUUGGUCCAUAUUUUACCAGUCAUGCAGUAUGAAAAACUAAGGAUAUAGUUUGAAAUAAUUUUUCACAGAAUUUCUUUGCAAUCUCUGUCCUUCAAGUCAUUGGGCAAGUUAAAUUGUCAUCCUAUCCAGCACAAUAUCCUGAGUUGUGGCUCAGGUUCCACAAACAUACUAACCUGAGAGCAAAAGUGUACUCCAAUCCAUAUACAGUGCUGUAUACGCUGCAGUCAUUCACACAAUAACUACUCUAGUCCUGGCAAAACAAAACAAAAAGUAAUGCAA